CAUAGACACGUCAGGAGGGCUCCGAGAAAGUGAAAGGAAGCGGCUACACGGGGAUAGGAGCAGUGCACUUCCCCUGGACUGGCGGUGCUAAGUGCCCAUAGAGCUCCCCAUAACGGCGGGGAUGUGUCCCUGGUGUGCAGCCUACACUACUUGCAGUGUUAGUUGAACUGGUGCUGAGCCAGAUCAGAAGUCUCAUGCCAUGAGGAUCCGCCUAAGGAAAUGCUCACUUAUUGUGAAGACCUUUAUAUUGGUUGGACUCUUCAUGAUCACCUAUAUGGUGGUAGAACUUUCUGUGUCUUCUUUCUCUUCUUUAGAGAAAGCGGACCACACAAGAAAUAGGUGGGAGAGAGAUUUGCAUACAACUGAGGAGAAAGUAGAGGACUUAAGCCGUCCGCUAUACAUUAAACCUCCCCCAAAUCCAAAUGCACCUGGAGAGUGGGGAAAGGCAGCUCAUCUGCAGCUUAAUUCUGCUGAAAAGAAGAUGCAGGAGGAAAGCAUUGAAAAGUAUGCUAUUAAUAUUUAUCUGAGUGACCAGAUAUCAUUGCAUCGGCACAUCCAGGAUAACCGGAUGUAUGAGUGUAGGUCCGAAACUUACAAUCACAGGAAACUUCCAACCACGUCUGUUAUAAUUGCAUUUUAUAAUGAGGCAAUGUCAACUUUACUCCGCACAAUACACAGCGUCUUAGAAACGUCUCCAGCAGUACUUUUAAGAGAAAUCAUAUUAGUCGAUGACUUCAGCGAUAAAGUUUUUCUAAAGUCCCAGCUUGCAGAUUACAUUAGUUCACUGGAGAGAGUGCGAUUAGUCCGGACAACAAAACGUGAAGGACUUGUACGAGCGCGGUUAAUUGGUGCAACCUAUGCAAUUGGAGAUGUGCUGACAUUCCUGGACUGCCAUUGUGAAUGCGUCAACGGCUGGCUGGAACCACUGCUUGGGAGGAUUGGAGAAAAUGAAACUGCAGUGGUUUGUCCUGUCAUUGACACCAUUGACUGGAACACCUUUGAAUUUUACAUGCAGACUGGUGAACCUAUGAUCGGUGGAUUUGACUGGCGUUUGACUUUUCAGUGGCACGCUGUACCAGAACAAGAGCGUCAAAGAAGGAGGUCUCGGAUAGAUCCUAUAAGGUCUCCAACUAUGGCCGGUGGACUGUUUGCUGUAAGCAAGAAAUACUUUGAAUACCUUGGAACUUACGACAUGGGCAUGGAAGUCUGGGGUGGUGAAAACUUGGAGCUUUCAUUCAGAGUUUGGCAGUGUGGUGGGACUCUUGAGAUCCACCCUUGUUCUCAUGUUGGGCAUGUUUUUCCCAAGAAGGCCCCUUAUGCUAGACCAAAUUUCCUGCAGAAUACUGCUCGUGCUGCUGAAGUGUGGAUGGAUGAUUAUAAGGAACAUUUCUACAACAGAAACCCACCGGCUAGAAAGGAAAAAUAUGGAGAUAUUUCUGAUCGGAAAAUAAUUAGAGAACGACUACAGUGCAAGAAUUUUGAUUGGUACUUGAGAAAUGUUUUUCCAGAUCUACAUGUCCCAGAAGAUCGUCCUGGUUGGCAUGGAGCGGUCCGCAGCUUGGGCAUAACAUCUGAGUGCUUAGAUUAUAAUGCACCAGAUCACAACCCUACUGGAGCUCAUCUCUCACUAUUUGGGUGUCAUGGACAAGGUGGCAAUCAGUUUUUUGAAUACACAACAAAACGUGAGAUUCGUUUUAAUUCCGUCACUGAACUGUGUGCAGAAGUCCCAGAACACCAGACAUACAUAGGGAUGAGACAUUGCCCUAAAGAUGGUAGUCCAGUCCCUCAAAACAUUAUUUGGGAGUUUCGACUUGAUGGAACAAUAUAUCAUCCUAAUUCAGAUAAAUGUCUUAGUUCGUAUCGCACAUCAGAAGGUCGUGGAGAUGUGCAGAUGCAACUUUGUAAUGCCUUGGAUAAAAAUCAACUUUGGAAGUUCGAAAGGUAGAAGAAAAUGUCUGAAAACCACAAAUAUGCACAAGGGGCUGAAUCCAACUUUCUUAAGUUUACAAAAAAAAAAACUCCAAGCAAGGAAGAUGUGUUUCACAGAGGCAGGUUAACUUGAAU